AUGCAAGAUAGCAGGGUGGUAUCGGCGCGUGCUGGUGCUGUGCUGGACCGGGAGGCUUUCUCUGUGCCGCGGGUGGAGCUGUUUCUGCUUGGGGAGGAUGUGGGAGGUUUAAACAGCACCGUUCCACUCACAAUCACCAUCCUCGACAUAAAUGACAACCCACCUGUCUUCAAUCCAUCCAGUUUCGCUAGUGGGAGUGUAAACAGCACCGUUCCACUCACAAUCACCAUCCUCGACAUAAAUGACAACCCACCUGUCUUCAAUCCAUCCAGUUUCGCUGUACGCCUGCCAGAAAACAGCCCCACAGGUGUGGUAGUAACGCAGCUAUCGGCGAGUGACGCUGAUGGCGGCUCUAAUGGUUGGCUGCAGUAUCGGUUAGACAGCGGCGCUCAGGACCGUUUCAUUGUUGACGCUCUCUCUGGUGCCGUUGUGGUGGGCAAUGCUACACUGGACCGAGAGGAGCGUAGCUCGUACCGUCUAGUUGUCAUAGCAACUGACCGAGGCACACCCCCUCUCUCAGGAACGGCGACGUUAACUGUUGUUCUGGACGAUGUCAAUGACUCUCGUCCUCGUUUCAUACGGCCUGUGCAGACUAUCAGCGUUAACGAGUCAACACCGCCAGGAGAGGUUAUAGCUACGCUCACUGCCGAGGACCCUGAUCUACGACCCCGACUGGAGUAUUACAUCAUCUCUGUGGAAGCAAAGGAUGAUGGGAAUAAUCCAGUGGAUGGGCUGCAGCAGUCGUUUGGAAUUGACUUUUACACAGGUGCUGUGUUUGUACGAAACCCCUUGAACCGAGAGCUGGUUGCCACUUUUGAGAUCAUCGUUUCAGUGCAUGACAAUGCCAGUGAUGUUAUUGACAUGUCCGUCAGUGUACCCAACGCUAAAUUAACCAUCAACGUGCUGGAUGUGAAUGACAACGCUCCUCGUUUUCGUCCUUUCGGGGUAGCGAACUUCUCCGAGAGGAUUCUAGAGGGUGCUGUGUCUGGUACCACACUGCUGUCAGUGACGGCUGUGGAUCCUGAUAAAGGGCCCAACGGACAGAUCAUCUACCAGCUCCUACACCUGCCCCGUGGAGACUACAUAAGACUUGAAGACCCUUCUACAGGUAAAAUUGUGGCCAAUCGGACAGUGGAUUAUGAACAAGUGCAGUGGUUGAACUUCACGGUGCGUGCUCAGGAUCAUGGCACGCCUCCUCGCUUUGCCGAACUUCCUGUCUAUUUGCGCAUUGUUGAUGUCAACGACAACAACCCAGUCUUUCAGCAACCUUUGUAUCAGGUAAAUCAGAACAAACCAGAGAGUCAGGGUACUGAUGCUUUUCUUUCCUGCUAA